CUGCGCUCUCAUUGGACGAGCGGUGUCAGCAAAACUAACCACCAUCUCAGUCAUAGUUCAUAAACUAUUUCUCUCUUUCUCGGCCUCUCACUGUAUUGUCAUAUAUAUUUAGUUCAAGGAGGCUUCAGUUAAAGUGUCGCGAGGUCCGCCUGGAUGGCUGAAGCCUCCGUUACAGACACAUCAAAGUUGAAUCCUGAGUCAGCUGAGUUUGUUCCACAAGCUAAACCAAACCAGUCACAUCCUAGAAGAAGUUACAGGCCGCUGGACAACAGCCAGGACCGGAGGGCUCAUCAUGCCGGGAAGCAUCAGCGAUUUAGACAGUCUAAUCAUGGGGACAAUGCAUUUAAAAACCCUGAGAAUAAUGCACUAAUCCCUCCAGAACUUGCCAUCAGAGGAGGCGCAAGGGGAGGCAGAGGAGGAAGACAGAGAGGUGGACAAGGUAAUGGUAGACUUAAUAAUGACCAACGUCCCCAGAGUGAAAGAUGGACAAAACCUGGAAGUGAUACCGACUACCCAGGAAGGGACCGUGGAACUGGUUUUGGUCGGCGACUCCACAUCCCUACUUCUAACAGAUCCACAGAUGAGGAGAGGCAGGAAAGACUACUUGUAGAGACAGACACAAGAAAGUCUUAUCAAGGCAGCCGACAGAAGAAGCCCAAUAAAGAGAGGCGGGAGGAGAACCAGGCUGCUGGAGAAGACAAAAGGCCUGUUGGGCCUCGUGACAAUCCAGAACAGGAACCUGACUGGAGGAACCACAAGGGAUGGAGAGGUGGAGACCGGCGCAUACAGCCCAAUAUCCGUGGAAAAGGACCUGUGCCCACCCAUGGGAUUCAGGGUAACUGGAGGGAAAGAGAGCCCACUCAGAAUAAAGAGGAGACGAGAAGUGUAGAAGGUGAGCUUGGAAGAGAGGACAAGUCAAACUGGAGUGGAAGAGGUGGGAAAGGGAAACGACCAUUACUGCAGAAUCCAGGGCUGAGGAGAGAUGGCGGUCUCGGUCGAAGAACAGGACCGGUGAAAUGCAUGGAGCCUCCCAAGAGCAAAGAAUCACAGACAGGCUGUCUAAUUGAGCAGCUAACAGAGGAGAAGUAUGAGUGUAUGGUCUGUUGUGAAGUGAUUCGACUCAUGGCCCCAGUUUGGAGCUGUCAGAGCUGUUUCCACUUGUUCCAUCUUAACUGCAUCAAGAAAUGGGCUCGCUCACCUGCAUCUCAAGCUGAUGAUGGUGGUGAAGGCUGGCGAUGUCCUGCAUGCCAGCAUGUGGCACUGAAAUCCCCAAAUGCCUAUACUUGCUUCUGUGGGAAGGUGACCAAUCCUGAGUAUCAGCGGACUGAGAUUCCUCAUAGCUGUGGAGAUAUGUGUGGAAAGAAAAGGAGUGGAGGGGAAUGCAAUCACCCAUGCAAUAUCUUGUGCCACCCAGGGCCCUGCCCACAGUGUCCUGCUUUUAUCUCCAAGUCCUGCAUUUGUGGGAGAAUGAGUAAGCAGGUGCGUUGUAGUCAGGCAGGACCUCUGCGCUGUGAGGAAGUCUGUGGGGCUCUGCUCAACUGUUCAGAGCACUCCUGUGUCCAGGUGUGCCACUCAGGGCAAUGCCAACCCUGCCAACUACGUGUCCAACAAGCAUGCUUCUGUGGUGUGGUAUUCAGGGAGGUUGCUUGCGGGACUGAUCGUGAGAGUUUUGAUGGAUCAGGAUAUUUCUCCUGUUUCAAGCCCUGUGGAAAGAUGCUAGACUGCCAGUCCCAUCGCUGUCAGCAGUCAUGCCACCCUGGGCAGUGCCAGCAAUGUCCACGCAGCCCCAGGCUGGUGCGCAGCUGCCCGUGUGGGCAGACUCCACUCUCUAAACUUCUAGAUCUUGGCUAUCCAGAGAGGAAGACCUGUACUGACUCAAUCCCCUCCUGUGGCAAGACCUGCAACAAGCCACUGCCAUGUGGGGAUGCCCAUUCAGUCCACCUGUGUGAAAAGCUCUGCCAUGAGGAGAGCUGUGGACCCUGCUCUUUGACCUCCAGUAUUCAUUGCAGAUGUGGCAGUAACAGCAAGGAAGUUCCUUGUGCAGCAAUUCAGUCUGAAAAAGACAUGGUGUUUACAUGUGAGAAACGCUGCAACAAGAAGCGCUUCUGUGGCAGGCACAAGUGUGGAGAGUUGUGCUGUGUGGAUGUGGAACAUAAAUGCAUGAUGAUUUGUGGCUACAAGCUCAACUGCAGCCUGCACCGGUGUCAAGAGCUUUGUCAUCGUGGCAACUGCCCGCCUUGUUGGCAAACCAGUUUUGAUGAGUUGGCGUGUUACUGUGGGGAGACUGUGCUGUACCCGCCCAUCCCUUGUGGAACCAAACCUCCUGAAUGUAAAAACCUGUGUACACGCAGACAUGAAUGUGAUCACCCAGUGUUUCAUUCCUGCCAUAGUGAAGAGAGAUGUCCUCCCUGUACCUACCUUAUCAAGAAGUGGUGCAUGGGUAAUCAUGAGCAAAGGAGUAAUAUCCCAUGCCACCUGCAGGACAUCUCAUGUGGUUUACUAUGUGAUAAGCUUUUACCCUGCGGUUCUCAUCGCUGUAAGAGGAUAUGUCAUCGUGAGGAAUGCCAGGCAGAGGGAGACUGUAAGCAGCCAUGCGCUUAUCCUAAAUCUGACUGUGGGCACCCCUGUGGAGCUACCUGCCACACAGGCACCCCCUGUCCACCUACUAUUUGCAGUGCCAAGGUGGCACUGCAGUGUGACUGUGGCCGUAAGAAGGAGACAGUGCCUUGUGCUGAGGCAGCCAGUUCCUACCAAAGAUAUGCAGCUAUUUCCAUGGCCAGUAAGCUGUCAGAUAUGCAGUUGGGAGAGUCAGUUGACAUUGGGCAGCUCACAAACAAGGAACAGAAAAAGGCCAGAUUGGAGUGUGAUCAAGAGUGUGCUACACUGGAGAGGAACAGACGGCUGGCUGAGGCCCUGCAGAUUGACCAAUCAGUGGAUCCCUUCAACAAAUCCACAUCCUCCAAAUAUAGUGACACUCUCAAGGAGAAAGAUUUCAAGUUUGUCAGUGAAAUUGAGGAGGAAGUCAAGAAUUUAGUUGAGCUGGCCAACAAGGGCAAACAGCCAAAAAGGAGUCACUGUUUCCCACCUAUGAAGCGUGAACACCGGAGAAUUAUUCACGAGUUAGCCGAGGCAUACGGUGUGGAAAGCGUUAGCUAUGAUAGUGAGCCCAAGCGUAACGUAGUGGUCACUGCCUCUAGGGGAAAAUCUGUGUGUCCUAACAUUAGUCUGACUGCUCUGAUUGAAAGGGAAACUGUUGCCAGAGCCCCUCCUCCCAUUGCCCACAUCAAACAGCACAGCAAGACCGACAAUAGCAACACUUGGAUGAAACCUGCUAAAGAGGAGCCCACCACUGAUUAUUUUGAUGUGCAGGAUUGAUAAGAAAUUUAGAAAAAUCUUUGUAAUCAUCACAUUUAAUAAAACUGCAUGUUUGCCUGGUAGUACAAAAACUUUUUUUCAUUAUAUCUUUACAGUUCUGAUGGAUAUUUACACCGUGAGAGCCUGAAGCUAUGAGUUGUAAAUGUUCAUUAGGAUUACCAAAGAACAACCAUUUAUGAAUAUAUUUAGUCUGUGAACUUGAUGUUGAACUUGAACGUGGGCAUUUAACUUUUUGGUUGGAAUCCCAUUGUUCACUAAGUGGAUGUCUGGUUAGACAAAACCAGAAACUGAAGGACUUCUGCGGCUGGACACACUUAACACAGCCCUU